AUGCGCUCCGCCACCAUCGCUGCCGCCUUCAUGGCCAUGGCCUCUGCUGUCACUGCCCAGACGGCCGGCUUCGCCGUCUUCGCCAACCCAGCCCAGGACGAGAUCGUUCCUGCUGGCAAGCCCUACACUCUCAAGUGGGCUGCUGGCGACAAGUACGCUGGUUCCGCUGUCCUGUCCCUGAUCGGAGGCGAGACCCAGGGCACCCAGCAGUUCAUCGCCAACCUCACCACCCUCGAGGUCAGUGCCAACAAGUACGUCUGGAACGUCGACUGCUCUCUCGGCAAGGCCAAGGUUUACGGCCUGACCAUCACCAUGGUCAACGAGCCCGAGGUCUUCCAGUGGUCUCAGCGCUUCCACAUCGACAACUCUGGCUGCGCGGCCGGCUCAUCCUCUUCAGCCUCGGCCUCGUCCUCGGCCCCGGCCUCAGUGUCCUCUGUCUACCCGACCACUUCCGUCCCCGAGACCAGCAGCACCAAGGCUGUCACUUCGGCCACCACCACCGCCGCCCCCUCCAGCUCUGCCACUCCUACCGGCAUCACCGCUAUUACCACCCUGACCCAGGCUCCUGCUCAGACCUCCAGCUCCACCACCAAGCCGACCAGCUCUGCCUCGCAGACCACUGCUGGACCCAGUGGUAUUCCCACCGCUGCCGCUCCCAAGGUUGCGGUUGGAUCCUUCGCCUUGGCCGGUGCUGUCGUCGCUGCUGCUCUCGCGCUCUAA